GAGCAGCGCUUUGCUUCCCUCCUCUGAUGCACCUAGAAAUAAACCACCGGUGACUCGUCGUCGUCACUCCGCAGUGGAAGAUGGCUGCGGCGGACCGGCCCCCUGUUAGGGAAGGAGUACGGAUAGUUUUUCUGUGUGUGGGUUGGUACACGGUCAGUUCGGGGGGCAACAUCGUCAACAAAAUCAUCCUCAAUGGAUUCCCGUACCCGGUCACAGUCUCUCUGUUUCAUAUUAUUUCUAUCGUCGUCUUCCUCCCGCCGUUGUUGCGGGCAUGGGGAGUCCCCAGAACAGAACUGCCGAGCAGGUACUACCGGUGGUACAUUCUGCCUUUAGCGUUCGGAAAAUACUUUGCAUCUGUGUCGGCACACUUCAGCAUAUGGAAAGUACCCGUUUCAUAUGCGCACACCGUCAAAGCUACAAUGCCAAUAUGGGUUGUGCUGUUAUCAAGAAUUAUCAUGAAGGAGAAGCAAACCACGAAGGUGUAUGUAUCUCUGAUCCCCAUCAUUGGAGGAGUGCUGCUGGCCACAGCAACUGAGCUGUCCUUUGAUGUUUCAGGACUAAUCAGUGCUCUGGCUGCCACGCUGUGCUUCUCCCUGCAGAACAUCUUCUCCAAAAAGGUGUUGCGCGACACAAAGAUCCACCACUUGAGGCUUCUCAACAUCCUGGGCUUUAAUGCUGUUCUCUUCAUGCUGCCCACCUGGGUUCUGGUGGACCUCUCUGUGUUUCUUGUUAACGGAGACCUGUCGGAGAUCUCAGGAUGGUCAGGUACCUUCGUCCUCCUGCUCAUCAGCGGCUUUUGCAACUUUGCUCAGAACGUCAUUGCCUUUAGCGUACUGAACAUCGUCAGCCCGCUCAGCUACGCCGUCGCCAAUGCCACCAAAAGGAUCAUGGUCAUUAGCAUCUCACUGCUAAUGCUGCGCAACCCGGUCACCCUCACAAACGUCAUGGGUAUGAUGACGGCCAUAGUCGGGGUCUUCCUCUACAACAAGGCCAAGUAUGACGCUAACAAGGAGAAGAAGCUGCUGCCAAGCACCAAGCAGGACCUGAUGUCCUUUGAAAACCCAUCACUGGAGAAUAUCCAGGCAAACGGGUCGUUGCCUUUCUCCCACGGCUCAGAGCAGCAUCACAACUGGAACAACGUGCUGACCGACCACUUCCAGUACAGCCGGCAGGCUUACACGAAAAACUUCAGCAGCAACCACCAGUACGUGGUGUAAAGGAGGAGUCUGUCCUUGAGACGGGUGGCUGUCAUAGACAUUACUGUGUGUAGCCUCCCUCCCAGCAGCGGGACACAGCCCCGCUCCAAACACGAGACUGAAGGCAAGUGCUGUUUGUUCUGGAUAGGAAGAAAUGAGAUGGCCAGUGACGUGACCUCUCCCACGCUCCUCCCUGUCUAAACUUCACUUUCUGACAGCAUCGUUGUAUGUCAUUGUUUAUUUAUUAGUUUGGUACCGACUGUAUGGAAUGGUCUGAGACAAAAACGAAACUUAAAGCAACACCAAAGCACUUUUCCUCUUCGGUCCCCCUACAGGUUGGAAGCGGAAUUGUCCAUUACCGUUUUUAUCUGGCAAACUUGCAUAAUGCGGUUUUAGCAGAUAGAGGGUCGCAAAGCGAAUGCACCCUGUUACGAGUUGAUGAACCACUGAAACGAUUUUGGAAACAUUAUUUUAAGGUACAAAAUAAUCUUUGGUGUUGCUUUAAAUCACGCGUUUAAUACAUUUUGGUAUCACAUUCAGCCAUGUUAUCCAGACACAGAAAUGUGCCACAGCAGGUGGACACGUAAAAGGUAGUUGAUGAAUGAUUUUCACCUUAUUGUCUGGAAAUGUCGGCGUUUUGUUUUUAUAACCAGCCAUAUUUUGUUUUUUGGGUUAUUUUGUUCACUUUCAGAGGAAAGGAUGUCAGCUGUAAUUAUUUAAUGUGAACGCUAAAUUGCACCGAAACAACAGUCAUGUUACAAACAAACAAAUCUCAGUGGAAGGCAUUAACAUUUUGGUUUUAGGCAUUGCAUAUGUAUAAGUAUAAUUUUUCUUCAUGAGGCACCUUUUAAGGAUGUGAGUAGAAACAAUCUGUUUAAAUCGUUGCCCUCUGAAUAAAACGUGUUCCAGCCGGGGACUUGUUUGUAGACAGUGGAGGAUUUUAGGUGACGGCCCCCUAAGAAAAUUUGGGAAAUUUGUGUUUUUGUAGCUUUGGUCCAAUGGUAGGAAAACUUGAUCAGACUUUCACUUGGCAUUUUGCACCAUGAUAGCGGCAUGGCUCUAUAGAUGGUAAUGUCAGACAUGACCAGAAAUUCAUGGUCCACAGAGGAUGAAUCUCCAUGAUUUUGGUGAUCUCCUGACUUUUGGUUUGGAUAUUAAUUUUCCCCUCAGGAUACACUGUAAUCAGAUUUGGUGAUCCUCUGACUUUGUAUCUAGUGGCAUCGUUAGGUCAAAAUUUGAAUUUGUCCAAUACUUUCGUUUAUGACUAAAUUCCUGCAAAUCUAAUGUGUCUCAGCUUUUCUUUAUGUUUAGAGCUAAUUAGCUAAUGUUAGCAUACUACCAUGUUAUACUUACAUGGUGCACAUGGUAAACGUUAUACCUAAUAAACAUCAGCAUGUAAGCAUCGUCAUUGUGAGCAUGUUAGCAUGGUAACCGUAGCAUCUAGACUGCACUCACUUUCCAGCGUGGUUCAAAAUUACAAGUGCCUGAUGAAGAAAAAUGCCCAAAUUUCAACAAAAAGGAAUCCAUUCAUUGUGUCUGCAAGAAACCAAUGCUUGUAAACUUGUUGCACACACAGAUCAGUAAAAUCAGUACCACUUGUUGUCAGCAAGUGUUUUUAACUGCCACUAUCAAAGUACUUUUCAAUACACAUACACACAGCCUCUGUGACUUUGAUUGAAAAUGAACUUUCAGAGUGAGACCAGUUCUGUCACCCAGAACAGUCAAUGACCUCCCACAGAUCUGUCCCUUUUCCCCAAGAUAACAAAUAAGUUCACCGUUUGUUAAUCAUGGAGCAUAAAUGUACAAAGUUAAAAUUAGAUUUACCAAACAAAGCAUCCUUUCAGUAUGCAUACUGUAAGGUUGCUCAUGUUCCAUCUUUCUUCGGUAGUCUAACCCUGUAAAAUAUAAUAGAUGUUAAAAUUCAUUAUUUUGUUUCAUAGUUUGGAGGUGAAGAAUCGCUUUAAAAUGAUGCUCUUUUUUUUAAGUGAUUAUUGGUAUUUAUUGAUCUGCGAAACUUCUCAGGCAGUGAGAUUUUUUCUCUCUUGUCAGGCCCUUUUUUCAGCCUGAACCAAAGCUGCUCCAUCAUGUUUGUUUUUUAAACAGAGGCCCGGUUCGAGUUUGCACAUCAUGAAACAACUAAAUGUGUUAUACAGACUGUGACUGUCUGUCAAGUGACUUUCAAGUGUUUUAAUUUAAAGCAUUAUUAAUACAUUGGUGUCAGACGGUCACUGGACGGAUUCAAAAUGAGACGUGCAUGAAAUCACAGGUUUGGUUUGUGCAAUUAAAAGAUUCAACUGUAAUUUCAGGUGGACAAGAGGUUUGAUUAUCAUUAAUUACACUGGCUGCAAAACUAUUAACUAAUAAUCAUUUAUUAAUGAAAGGUCUUUUUUUUUUUUUACUGCUUGAAUUGAACUGUUUAUUCCUGUAAACAUCAGUCACUUGCUUUUCUCCUUGCGGGAUCUCUGAUGCACAGAGCAUCUUACUGCAGCAAUUUUUAUUUUUAUUUGGUAAUUCAAAUGUCUCAGCAUCUGAAAUUAACGUUGUAUUUCUUAAUUAUUUUGUGGGGACAACGCACGUUAAUUGAAUUUUUGUAAAAGUGCCAGUUGUAGCCUGUGAGCUUUUCAGCUGUAGUGCCUGGUAGAUGUGGGUAAGGGGAUAAUGCGGUUAUAUUCUAAUGUGUUUUUUUUUAAGUGUACUGUGUUUGUCUUCUCUGACAAAUUUAAAGCACUGUCACAGUAUUUAGUCUGGAGGAAAAAGAGCUCUGUGGGGUUACUGCGCUCUAGGCUUCCCAGAGAUAAACUAGUAUCAAUAAUUGUCUUUUUGUUUUUAUAGAGAGAACCAGCUGUUAGUGCUUAAGAUAGUUUUGUAGGAUCUUGGGAACCCGUAGCUGCUCUUUUUCUCCAUCAGGGAGGGAAUCACCGCUUGUUUUUAAAGAAAGAUAUAAAGUUGGCAUUGAUUGACCAGAAAACACCUGUAUGUUGUCAUGUAGUGAGUUCCAACAGCCUGGGAAUAAUUACAACCUUAUUCAAAUGUAUUUUUUUUAAGACUGCUGCCGUAGUUGUUUGUGUAUUUGACUGUUGUACACUUUGAGGCUGUACUUUGUGGUGUUGGACUGUGUUAAAUUAAAACCUACUCUAAGCAGAAAUAUCAGAAACUAACCACCACACCAUAAACAGGAGCCUCAAACGACAAAGGAGUUGAAUUAAAACCUCUGAGAUC